AAUUAAUUAUCUCGGCUUUCCAGGGACUAUAAAGGCAGGCAUAUUCGUGUGAAAAGUUACAGUUUAAAUUGAAAAAUCGAAAUGAAGCUAACCCUGAUCCUGCUGAUCCUUUGCUGCUCCCUCUUUGGGUUGGCCCUUGGCAACCCAAUUGUGGUGACCAAACCACCAUUCAUUCGCAGUCGCUACAGUUUGCGGUGGCGAAAGACAACCACCGUGGCUCCGGAGGCGGCCGGUGUGUCCACCAUCAAUACAGCCACCACUACUGAACAUCCCAAGCUGCCCACAUCAACUGCUAAUGUGGACUACGAUUAUUACGGCAAUGGUGAGGCCGAAACUGUGGUGCACAAGUAAUAAUAUAUAUGUAACUAUGGAUGAACGCAUACAUAUAAUUAUCAGGAGAAACAUAAAAAACGGAUUUCAAAAGUAAUGAAUAAUAA